ACCAGCCGGGCUCCCCUCCUCCCCUCGGAGCUGUGACUGCCCACUACCAAGCAGGCUCCCGCACCUGCCUCGUCUGCCUCGCUCCUCCGAGGCCGUCACCACUUCUUCACCAGACAGUCACUUGUCGCAGUCCAAGCCUCAUCCGACCUUUCGCUACAAGACUUCACUCUUGGCUUUGUGAACGGUUCACCUCCCGCGGCCAGACUGUCCUCGUCGCACUACAGGAUCACGACCCUUUAUCCCUCUACCUGCUGGUCGUGUACAAGAUCAUGGACGCACCCUCCUCCGGACAAGGCCAAAGCAAGGCCAGUGACGGUGCGUCACCUGGAAGCUGUGCAACCUCUAGGAAUACUACUAAAAGGUCCCCAGCAAUGCUCUUAGUCACACUCAACGUAUCUCGCGGCAACCACGCACAACAGACGACCCGACGACUCGUCUUCACACCUGAGAAGCCCGUAAUCUGUGUAGGGCGUGCCUCGAAAGUCACCUCCAAGGGUUUUGUUGCGAGCGAAGCAAACGCCUUCUUCGAAAGCCCGGUCAUGUCUCGUCAGCAUGCCGAGCUUCUCGCCAACUUUGACGAUAAGUCCAUCUCUAUAAAGGACAGCGGGUCCCUCCACGGAACCUUUUACACGUCCAUCGAUACCGCCUCCGAAAUUCAACUCGCUGCUGGUCAGGCUCAGAAACUGUCCCACCAAGACGUCCUCCGUUUCGGAAUCAACAUUUUCCGGUCGGAAAUCACGCAUCCUCCAACAAUCGUCUCUGUGGAGAUCAGCGAGGAGCAGCGUCGAAGUGCGAUCAGCCGGCUGACGCCAACAAACAAAUUCUCGGUGCCUGACGACGUUGAUUCGGAUGAUGCUAUGAGCGAUGGGGAGGAGGGCGAUGACGAUAGCGUUGUGGAGACCCCCCAACCCCCUCGGAAUAACAACGUCAAUAUAAAGACAGUCGAUCUCACCCAGGAGGAGCCAACCAACGUGAUUGAUCUGACGACCGACCUCGACAGGACAAUCGUGAUAGACGACCCUGAAAUCUCCAGAAUCGACGUGGUUUCGGUAGAUGAGGCUGAUGUGGACGCGGAGCACGAUCUUCCGGUACUAUGGGACUCGGACGAUGAGUCCUCCAUUCACAGUGACAUGUCUGACAAAGACAGUGAUGUUGACAGUAUCGAGGAGGAUGACGAAUCGAUUCUGUGCAGCGAAAUUGACGACAUGGACGACGAAGAUAUUGAAGAAGAGGGCGGUAAGUUGCUCAAGACGAUUUAAUACCAGCAUAAAUACUGACUUGAUUUUGCAGACGAUUUCUCAGUGGCAUCCCAUUCUAGCGAGGAUGCUGAAGCUAUUCCCGAGAAGCAGGCCAUCGACUUAUGCUUUUUGGAGGC